UGACUCUUCGCGGCGGGGGGGGGUGAACCACCUCCUGGCGAGGAAGGAGAGAGAGAGAGAGAGCGAGAGAGAGAUUGGGGACCGCGUCUUUUUUUGGCGAGGCAAGGAGGAGGGAGGGAGGGUCCCGCUUGGCGGAGCAAGCAGGCAGAAGACAGGGGGGCAUCGGGAAGGGGGUCCUUUCCCCGCGCGGCGGCUCCCGGGCGGAGCGAUGUCCCCGGCGGGCCGUGGCGGUGGCGGUGCUGCUGCUGCUGCUGCUCUGGGGGUCCCGCUUGCCCCGGGGCCGCCCCCCCAUGGGAUGUAGCCGCGGCGGGCUUCUCGGGGGGCUGCUCCUGCGCGCCCCGCCGCGCGCCCCGCUGCUGCUGCUCACCAUGUUGCUGCUCUUCAGCUACUUCUUCUACUGCCUCACCGGCUCCUGCGAGCCCCUCCAGGCGGGGGGAGCCGGCCUCGUCCGCCAAGGCCAGCCGCAGCCGCAGCCGCAGCCCCAACUCCCCCCGCAGCUCCUCUGGCGGCUCCCGGGACUGCCCGACGCAGCCGCCGCCCCGGAGGAGGAGGAGGACGCGACGCCGAGGCUGGAAAAGGAGGCGGCGGGGGCUGAGAGCAGAGCCCCUCCGGCCGGGGCACUCUUGCCGGUGGCCAGCGGCUUUGGGAGGAAAAAGUUCCCGCAGGCCAUCAUCGUCGGCGUCAAGAAAGGCGGCACCCGCGCCCUCCUGGAGUUUCUGCGGAUCCAUCCCGACGUGCGAGCCGUCGGGGCCGAGCCGCACUUCUUUGACAGGUGCUACGAGAAGGGGCUGCUCUGGUACAGAAACCUGAUGCCAAGGACCUUAGAGGGACAGAUCACCAUGGAGAAGACGCCAAGUUACUUUGUGACAAAGGAAGCCCCAAGGCGCAUUUACAACAUGUCCAGGGACACCAAGUUGAUUGUGGUGGUACGCAACCCAGUAACGCGGGCCAUCUCAGACUACACGCAAACUCUUUCCAAGAACCCCACCCUCCCCAGCUUCCAAGCGUUGGCCUUCAAGAACCUCAGCACGGGCCUCAUCGACACCUCCUGGAGCGCUGUGAGGAUUGGCAUUUAUGCAAAACACCUGGACAACUGGCUGCGGUAUUUCCCCCUGUCCAAGUUCCUCUUUGUCAGUGGGGAAAGGCUAGUGAGCGAUCCGGCUGGGGAAAUGGGCCGUGUUCAAGACUUUCUAGGGCUCAAGCGCGUGGUGACAGACAAGCACUUCUACUUCAAUGAAACUAAGGGCUUCCCUUGCUUGAAGAAGCCAGAAGGGAGCAGCCGGCCCCGGUGUUUGGGGAAAUCCAAAGGCCGGUCGCACCCCAAAAUUGACCAGCAGGUUAUCCACCGCCUGCAGGAGUUCUACAGACCCUUUAACAUGAAAUUCUAUCAGAUGACAGGACAGGACUUUGGAUGGGACUGACUGAGAGAGCACUUCAUGCAAAAAGGGAAGGCUGAACUUGCUAAGGGGUGGAAUGGGGGCAGCUGCCCCCCACCACAGACCUGCAAAGCCGACUCUCUUCCCAGCAGCCUGUCAAAUGCUGCAGUGCCCCCUACAGUCGUAGGGCAGAGACGUCUGAGAUGGGACUCCAGGGGCCGUCUCUUUUUCUUUAUAAUUUAUAUCACCUCUUGCCAGUAAGAGAGAAAUGUGCGCUUACCGAGUAGAGAGAAAGUAUUUAAGUUUUGUUUCUUAAACCAACAUUGGCAAAUGACAGCAAAAAGAUCAAGUCCGGGAAAUCCUAAUCUGAUGAAAUAUUCUGCUGAAUAAACCUGGCUAAUAGAGAUGACACAUGAACGUCUUUGAAUGAGUGUGAGUGAGCGAGAGCACAGAUCACAGGUGUGUCUAGAGACAAAGGACACAAUCCGCUACGUUCAUCUCCUGCACACGUCCAUUGAUUGUAAUUGAUGCAUCCAGCUAUGAGACUUAGGCCACAUCUGCACCUUACAUUUAAAGCACUAUCAUACCACUUUAACAGUCGUGGUUUCCCCCAAAGAA